GCCUCUUCCUUCCAACUGUUGUGAGACCUAUAUUGGAUUCCUUUUAAGCAUCCAAGCAAGUUCAUCAACCUGCCCUAGGUGAUCAUUUUAAGCCAUGGUGGGCUGGCAGAGACAUUUACGGAAUGUAUUUACUCAAAUUGGGAAAAGAGUGGAACAUAAUUACAAUGUAUCUGCUAACUUUUCUUGUUCCCGGUUGGAGUCAUCACCGCUAGUAGGUGAGUUGCCUUAUUUGCAAAGGCUGUGGAAAUUACCUUCCGCUACCAUCCCAAGGCCUUAUUACUAUUAUUUCCAACAGUUGGGAAUUUCUAGUUCAAGGCAGCUACUUGCAGAUUCUGAUGUAACACCUGUUGCUUCUCCAUUGACACCUGCUUUGGCAUUAAAUGGUGGAAAAACUGAAGACCAGAAAGUUGUUUCCAAGCCUUCAAAAGUUCAAGCAGUUCUAAAGGGCAUAAAGCAGAGUCCAAAGAAGGUCAAUUUAGUUGCUGAAUUAGUUCGUGGCAUGCGCGUUGAAGAUGCAUUAUUGCAGUUACAAUUGACAGUUAAGCGAGCUUCAAAAACUGUCUAUCAGGUUAUACACUCAGCACGGGCAAAUGCAACCCAUAAUCAUGGCUUAGAUGCAGAUCGACUCCUAGUUGCGGAGGCAUUUGUAGGGAAGGGGUUUUUUAAGAAGAGAGUGUCAUACCAUGCUAAAGGGAAAUGUGGGAUAAAAGUGAGACCAGAAUGUAGAUUGACAGUGGUAGUAAGAGAGAUGACUCCUGAAGAGGAGGCUAAGUUAGCCAAGCUGAGAGUCAGCAAUUUCCGUAAACUAAGUAAGCGGGAAAGGCGGCUUGUACCACAUCAGCUUAUUGAGACAACUUCAAUUUGGAACCGCAAAGCAAAUGGUGGCGUGGCGUGACAACUUCAUGAGCAAAACCUCCUCCCCUCUUUUCAUAUUUUUUGUAGUAGCUGUCAAAGAUUGAUUGUGAGUGCAAACUAUAUACAAUACGAGCCUCAAAUUAUGGAUUUUACAAGCUCCGUUGUAUCCCUCAAUUUGUUCUACAUAGAACAACCAAAAUCUGGCUCAUGGAGGCAAAAUAAUCUGUCCAGUUGGUAUUGGGUGGAACUCUCCUUCUCCUUCUGUAUAGAUGACUUAUCUUCGUGACGCAUUUUCCUUGUGGGGGAGAAGAGCAAAAAGUUGCUAAAUUUUGCUAGCAGAUUUAUGAAUAAUUGUCAAUUUCAGUUCCAUU